CUUACAAUCUGACAAUGUCACAGAAAUACCUGAGAGGACAAAGUAAAGGCGACAGUAUGAUUAUAUUUUAUCAUAUGCAGGAUGUGAGCCAUAGAUUUCGGAUAAAGUUUGCAGUUUCAGAAAUAAAGACCAGCCAUGAUGUAUGCAGGGAAUGUGCAGAGAAAAUGGCUAACUAUUUUCCUGUCAAAGCUAUAGUAACGACGGAGACUGUGAACCAUGAAAAUGCAUCAGAUAAAACCAUACUACACGGAGAGGUAACGCUUUCAGAUUUAGCAAAUGUUGUCACCAGAACCAGUAAGAACCAGUUACCAGCUGUGUAUAACAGUAUGCCUACAGACACAACUGACAUUGGUGUCUUACUGAAGCUAUGUUUGUCUGAUCCAAGUUUCCCUGCUUAUGUUGAACAGGUGGAGAAAGAACUUGAUAAUCUUGCAUUAAAUGCGAACGCUUAGAAUCAAAAGAGACACGUGAAAUCGUAUAUAUAUUUUUAAAAUAAACAUGUAUUUUGACAUAAUGUUGAUUAAAAUAAUAUAUAAUAGCUUAAAAUAAUGGAUAUUAAGAAAGAAAUAUUGCAAAGACGGGAAAUCUUGAAAAAAGAUUGAUUUACAUAAUACAGAUCUAAAUUUGGUUUCAAUGUUGACAUUAUACCACGUCAUCAAUGAAAAAACAAAAUAUAUAAGCAACAUAGAAAACAUAGCAUCAAUACAGUGCAACAACACAGGACAACAAAACAAAACAAACACCCUUUGAAAAAAGGAGAGGAAAACAAACUCAACUGAGAAGAUCACUGGAGCAGUAAAAGGGACUUAAUUCUUAAAAAUCACAAAUACGUUUGUGUCCACCAAUUGUCGUCAAUAAAUUCUAAACUUCCAAUUAACACAGAUUAUUUUAAUUCUAUUUAUUACUAAUGCUUAACACGCAUUGGUGAACAUGACAGGUUUAAAGAGUGGUCUCCUUAAACCACUAGUGCCUUAGUGGUGACAAAAAGUUAAUAGAAUCUUCCAGUAGUCAGUAUUUCGGUACUGACAUGAUUUAUAACAAACCUUUCUAAAAUAGCCGUUAAUAAAUUUAGGUUAUAUACUUUAUCCGAGGGGGUUUCCCCGAUUCCCCUGGAUAUAUAAGAAAUAUCAGUAGGAAUCCGUUGUUUAAAUCUCAUAAUCCAUUAAAAAUAUACAAAUCAAGAUAAAAAAUAAGAAAAACCUGGGAAUCACAUGGACUCCAAAAGAGUGAGAUCGGUUUGUCACUGUGACACGAUACAAUGUCAGUGAUAGAGCACGUUAUAACAGUGACACGAUAUAAUGUCAGUGAUAGAGCACGUUAUCACAGUGACACGAUACAAUGUCAGUGAUAGAGCACGUUAUCAUAGUGACACGAUACAAUGGCAGUGAUAGAGUACGAACUACAUAUUAACAAGAUUUCUUAUUUUUUUUAUUGUUAAGAAAAAGAUACACGUUUUCUAUCUAGCUUUCCAACAUCAUUAGUUUCACUAAAACUUUCCAUUGUUAAAACUUUAAUAAUAUCCAGCCCAUCCUGCGCGAUGAAUAGAGUUUGAUCUAAAAUACCGAUUGAACAUGGAUCCCUUAGGCCGUCACCCUGGGACAUAACUACGCGACUUUUCUGUCCGGAUCUGUCAAAACGAAUUAUAUUGGAAUUAAUCAUUCCGCAAACAUAGAUAUUUCCAAACAUGUCUUUGCUUAAAUAUCUGGCUUCUUGAAGCUGAGGAUGUUCGUGAAUUGCAAGAAUAUUGCCUUCUUUUGAAAAUUUAUAUAUUUUGUCUUUUUUGCCAUCAAUUGACAUACAGCUUACAUAGAUCAGUCCACUAAAUGCACAAAUACUGACAGGACGUUCGGAAAAUAUAGGUUUUCUUUUAGCAUUUUGCUUAAUUGUUUGAAUGAUUUCACCGUCUGUAUCCAUUUUGACCACUUCCGGCGGAUUACCCCAAGGAUAUGUCAGGUAGAUGUAUCCGUCCAUAAAACAAACUCCAACCGCAUUUGGUUUGAUUAGAAUAUUCCUUCCAUGCAUAAUGACAUCUCCGACUAUAUUUAACACAACUAGUUUAUUGCCAAUGUCAUUUGUUACAACAAAUGAAUGCGGACCUAUCAUUCGCAAAUCAAGAGGGAAACCUUCCACGAAGAAACUCGACAAAAAAGUUCCGUCAUAUCGGAACAAUUUUACUUUGUUGUUAUGGUUGUCACAGAUCAGUACUCUCCCAUCAUCCAAAACCUCAAUCCCGGUAAUUCUGCAAUAAGACAAAUCAGAAUUAAGUCUUGCGCUAAAACUCCGCUCAUUAAGUUGUGCUGGCAUCGGUAAUGAUUUGACGACGGUUUUAUGAGGCCAAAUAGAGUAUUCACCUGAACAAUUUCUUAAAACGGAUAUGCAGAAAUGAAUUAUAUUAUAUAUAUUGAUCAAGCUUAGUAAAGUUCCUCAUCGUACACAACAUAACAAAAUUUAUAGUCCGUUUUUUUUAUAUACAUAUGCACAUGUAGAAGGUCUCAGAAUACGAAAUUUAACUACUGGUA